GUUUCGGGUACGUGGUGCGAACUUUAAUGUCUCAUUUGUCACAUGAUUAAUUAGGGCUAAGCGUCUAGUUCUCACAAAAGCACCGCGAAAACACCGCGAAAACUUCCCGCGCCAAAAACAAUCACCAGAAAACAACCACAACUCCAUCUACCAAAACCACUCCACACGUGGCCUUCCCUCCACCGAUCUCCCCCAAAGCCCACCCCAGCGCACCGUUUCCCCGCUGCACACCCCAAAACACCCAGCCACCCCAACACACCCGUCCACCAUGUCGUUGGCGUACCAGAGCAAUUUCUACACGCCGCAGGCGCUAAGUACGGGCCUCACGUCCCGCUUGGCCAAGGACGCCGACAGCGCACUUUUGAUCACAAACGCGCCGCAGGAGCGCAGCGCCAAGCGCAACGCGCAGCAGAUCAACUACGCCGAGUUCGACAACGCCAACGACGAGGCCGACUUCGAGGAGGAGAUCCCGGGCAACAACGCGUUUUCCAUUGCCGGCGUGCACACCACGGUGGCGGCACAAAAGCGGCUUUUGAAGCCCGCGCGGCUCGUGCGCUUGCUGGAGGACGUUGUGGGCGACGUGGCGCCGGAGUUAGCGGCCGCGGCACGGGCCAACAUGGGCGCCCAGCAGCACGUGUUGGUGCCCAUCAAGUUGAACAUCGAGUUCAACAGCGGCAUGCUGAAGCUCGUGGACUUCUUCAUGUGGAACGCCAGCGAGCUGCUCGUGACGCCCGACGCGUUUGCCGCGCUCCUCUGUGCGGAGUUGGAGUUGCCGCAGCACGUGCACCUGGAGAUCGUGGAAGCCAUCACCAAGCAGCUCGACGAGUACAGCUACGUGUCCACGUUGCAGUUGCCCGCCACGGCCGAGUACCACGUGAUCGUGGACCUCCUGGUGAACUUGGACAAGAAGUUGUACGAGGACAAGUUCGAGUGGGACUUGAACCAGACGGACGUGACGCCCGAGGACUUUGCCGAGAUCGUGGUGGCGGACAUGGGGCUCAGCCGCGAGUUCAAGCCGGCCAUUGCCCACAGCUUGCACGAGUUGACCAUCCGCUUGAAGAAGGAGAUCCUCGACGGCUCCUACAACCACGAGUUGCACAAGUACCAGCAGCUCACGGGGCUCAUUUUCGAGAAGAACGUGCGCAUCCGCACCGACAGCAGCAUCUCCAACGGCAACGCGGUGUGGGAGCCGUUCAUCGAGAUCUUGAGUCCGUGGGAGAUCGAGAAGCGCGAGAUCGAGCGCGAGCGCAACUCGCGCCGCUUGAAGCGCGAGAACAUGCGCCGCGAGGUCGACGACUACGCCGGCUCCAAGCGGCGCGCCACCACGAGGAGACGCCUCGAUGAGCUUGACUGGCGCAUCUAGAGGGCCGGGGCACGCCAUUCUUGCCGGCCGUGCCGGGGUUUGUGGGGCCGUCCCACAACGCCACGUGGCCCUUGUGGGAACAGGGGCAUGCA